AUGGAGUCGAGCGGCCAGAAUGGUACGCGCACCGAUCACGAUAGGGACGCGACGACGAAUGGCGCCAGUGGAGCGAAUAACGCAAUCAGCCAGCAUGCAGGGCCUUCCUCCAAGGAUAAAGCUGCUACCACCAAUAAUGCUUUGAACGCCCCCAAUGGCACACGUGAAUCGCGACAAGACGAAACCAGCCUUGGCGAAAGGCCGGAAGCAGAAAGAAAUCGAAUGAAUGACCUUCCCGACGAAAUUAUUCAUAUAACUCAGGGCUUUGUCCCCUUGUCACUGCUGCUCACACGUCUCGCCCAGACAACACACAAUGCCGUCCAAGACAAAGUUGCGGAAUUGGCUAAGAUGCCACUGCCAGCGACGUUCGCGAACGGAAAUGCCCCUUACUCUUCCAGUAAUUCAGAGGACAGCUCCGUGGAAAAUUUGAGGAAGAAGGGGAGUCUCAGUCAUUUUGCUCAAGAAUGGCAUGGCAAAUGGUUGAAAGCGCUCGUCAUUACAGAAUGGAGCAGGAAAGCUCAUCUGGUCAGCAAGUUGAUCGAUCUCAAGUUCCAUAUUGACCAGCAAAGAAUGCUUUACGAUGCUGCGCUUGACAAUAUUGUCAAUGUCAAGCGGGAUUUGACGUUCGCCCGGAUGCCUAGUCCCGAUCUGAAAACUGCUUUGCAGAUUCUAUCCUCUGGAACUGCUCCAUGGAUGCCCGAUUUACAGUACAUCGAACCACCAGCCUUAUCAGCUGAAGAUCAGUCGAAGUGGAUCAACGACUUGAAUACUCUUUUAUCACUACGUCUUAAUCUCGACGACUUUGACAAAAUUCCACCGCAAUUUCGCAAUUAUGAGAUCAGUUCCGGGCGAGUCACUUUCAGAGUCGACGGCGAAUUCGAGGUCGAUCUUACCAUUGCAGACGAGGAUUUCAAGAAACAGUUUUGGUUUAUUGAUUUUCGAUAUGCCUUUGCACCUGCCGCGUCAAGGCUUCCCGAGUCCUUACGGGCCUAUCUCGAGGGUUGUGUCAAUGAUGUGCUAGGCAGAGAGGGUUUGGAAGGCUGCUAUAAAUAUCUCCACGAGUUCGUGCUCACGUCAAAGAUCAACGAGCUGAGACGCCAGGCAUUGCAACUAAGCAGAAGCUCAUGGACGGGUACUUUGAACGUGGAACCUUUGAACCGAGCCUUGGCGAUUCAAUACUGGACGUCUCGGUCUGCGACAACAGUAUCCAAGAGUUGGAUUUUGGUUGCGGUCAACGGCAAUCGGAAGGCAAACGGCAAACAAAAUGCCAAUUCGUCGAGCCAGCUUGUUGUGAAGUGGUACCGGGAUGGCAGGGAAGUCGAGGACGUUGACAUUGAGCUGGAUCUGGCUCAACUUUCAGCCGAGUCACUACUGACAAACGUCAUUCGCCUACAUGUGGGAUAUAUUCUGGGGAGCAUCCACGAAAGGCUGUCAGCAGCAGCACGAUUUAAAAAUCGAGAAGCGGGCAUGGUUCUUCGAUUGUCAAAGACGCAUCCUGCACACUCCAUACUGACCGUACAGGUCGGAUGCAGCGACAAGAUUUCAAUGUUGCUGGAGCCAAUGACUGGAGUAUUCGCAGUGAAGCCACAGUCAAAGUUUACCAUACAACCCGAACAUCAGCUCAAUAAUGGAAGGAAUGCUCCGGAAGAUGGGGUCAACUGUUUGGAGCAUAUUCGGUGUGCCAUGAUGGAGGAUGAACUGCAUCGCCGAAGCACAACCAUGGGGGGGUGGGAAGUCUGCAAGCCAGCCAUGACGACCGAAGAACUCAAAUCAGUAACCAAGAUUCGAGAAUGGACACGUGCUAUAUGGCUCCGGAAGGCAGGGUGGGGUUCCAGCUGGCUCGUGGUCGUGGUUUUGAGCUUGAGCGGUGAUGAGUGGUGGCUGCUUGAAUCAAACGGAGGCGAGACGAUGAGUUCACCAAGGUUCCGAGCCAAACUGCCGCUCGACAAUGGCUAUCCCGAGUUAUCAGACACGUUUUGGAACGAUCUAGGUUACUUGACAACGGGACUGAUUACCCAAUCGGUUGACUUGAGGGAGCUGCAUCGGCAUAGGAUUAAGAGCAGGUCAAGCGGCAAAAAUGUCCCGUCAUCCACACGACGCGUACGGCUUCCCUCGAUUGAGGUGGCGCUAUCUGCCUUAUUCCCAGCCAUGGUUUUCGAUAAGGACGAAGCCGCGCCAGACUUAUCAUUAUGCUCCGUUAAUGACGAGGACGAGGACGGCGACAUGGAGCUUUUGUCGCUCAUGGAGCGAGCUUCGGGCGCCACGUUGGCGCCGAAAAAGGCCUGGGCGGACAACAUUGUCAGCAUCUGCUUCAACAGCGUCAAGGCUCUGUCCAAGACUGGAAGCACUGGUGAGGACGGUUCGCAGGAAAACAGCGAGCUCAUGUGUGACUCGGUGGCUACCAUCAAGGUCAGGAAGCCGGCCAAGUUUGCUUCGCUCACGGGACUGGCGGACCGAGACGUCACCUACGAUGCUCAGCUUGGCCAAUUCUCGAUGCGCAUACAGCGUGCUGUGGGAAAACCGGUGCUCGACACGCUCAAGUCACGAAUCAAGGCGAUUGACCGAUUUGUCAAUUUCCUGGAGGCAAUGGAAUGCGCGCGGAGCACGAUUACGACGGAAUCCGUGACUCUGCGACAGAUUACAUUUUAUUACAGCGAGAAGAAGGCGGCCGGUGAUGCCGAGGGACAGACGCAAGACCAAAGCAAGCGCUGGCGCGUGGUUCUGGAUCUUUCCAAGGAUGACAUUGACGUUGAAAUCGAGAAGGGUAAUUCCCAUCUCCGACUGGUCGACCUCAUGCGGCAGCUGGUCAAUAGUGAUGGCGGCAUCGGUGCCUUGAUGUCGUGGUUGCCCUCGUCGCUCGCCGCCCUCGAGGCCAUUGACAAGAUGGAAACGCGGUGGGAGCCUCUCCUCGCCGCCGGGCGGGGUGGAUUCGAAUUCUCCAUGAAGACGAUUGCCUGGAUGACCAUUACGUACUCGAUCAACCCGGCGGGCAGCAGCAGCAGCAGCAAGGGAACGGCCGAGGUGGUCACGCUGGAGGUGCAGAUGAAGCGGCGCCGCAACGAGGCGUGGUGGCACGUGUGGCGAUCCGACGCCGACGCCGACGACGCAGCAUCCCAAGCCCUGAAGCUGGCUUGGAACGGCAAAGGCGAAGGCUGGCUCGGCCUGGCAACCAGCGCGGCAGGUCGUCCUCAGCGCGGCGUCGUGGCGAUGCUUCUAGCCGUCGACGAGGCCAUUCGAAAGUGCGUAACAGACGACGGCAAGGGAGACGUUGCGCUGGAGCAGGCUACGCGACGAUGA